AUGGAGCUUAACAAAAAUAAUCAUGAUGGUUAUACCGUCAAUAUACAUUUUCUAGAAUUGCAAGUCGAUUCCCAAGACAAGACAAUGGUGGCAUCGGAUAAAGUUUGGGGAGAUAAACCUGUUUACUAUAAGCAGCCAAUCAGGGUAUGUUGCAGAGGCAAGUGGAGCCCAGGGAGAAGAACUUAGGGGGGGGGGGGGGUGAAGGGAAGGGAAGGACUGGUAACAGCAGACAUUUUUGGAAUCCACAGGGCCAGGAAGACGAGGUGGAAGACAUGAAGUGUUCAAGAAACUGCUCAACGCGGGACUUUUGACUCGACCACUGUUCCUGUUUUUAGAAUCUAAUAUGAAUCUGUUCAGAGCAAAAGUGUCUCGGAAUAUAAAUCACUUUUACAAAAGUGCAAUUGUCAACGACAAACAGGAUGUCAUUAGUGAUGUUUCAAAUGGGACUGAAAUUUCGAGAAGCAAGGUUGAAUCAACUCAGAAUUUUCCAAUAUCUCAUAUACACACAUCAUCUCAUAUUCGGCUACCCCCAAGAGAAAGUGGGUCGGUCAACACACGGGAAUUUUUCAAUUCCCCAGUUCCCCGAUUCUUCCAGUAUUCUUCACACUCAGUGAAAGCUUUUCUUUUUGAUACUAACAGCGCAAUAAUAUCUAGUGGUUCAGAUAUCACGCACACGUCAAUCCAGCAUUAUUCACAGCGGUGCUCUUGGGAGCAUCAGCACCAGUUUUACUUUUGUUGGUUCCCUUCAGAAGGAAAUAUCUUUACCCUGACCAUGAACCUGUGCCAUUUGUUUAUCCCUUGCCUCAAAGGCCCAGAGAUAAGAAUUUGACGGGAUACGAUGAUUAA